AUGCUUGGAUUCUCCGAGCACCAAAUCACCCAAGUUUUGGAUAAUCUGGAUGCAAUUUUCAGUUUAUCAGAUGUUUAUAGAUUUGUAGAGAUAUGGGAUAUGUGUCAUGCACAGGAGAUUCUGGAAGUUAUAAGCAAAGGUUUUAAUGAUGUGACUACAGGAAUGCAGUCAUCUGAGCCUUCUCCUUUAGAGGAGAAUGGCUAUGAUUUUGACGGGGUUUUUUAGAGGGGUUUUUUGAUGAGUGGAAUGAGUGGAAUGAAUUUCUCUAA